UUGCUCUAAAAGACUUUACGUCUUGAAGUAGAAUUCAUCGUGCAUUUUUAAUGAGUCGAACACCUGAAUUCUUGAAGUAGAAUUCAUUGUGUUUCAAUUCUAUAGACAAUCAACAUCGAUGGAUGCUCUUCUGAAGCAAUUUGAGAGACUACAUAGGCCAAUAGAUCUGGUGCAAACUCUCCAUGAAAGUCAAGUUAAAGAAGUCCCUGCUCGAUAUAUUCUUCCAUCAGAUCAAAGGUCAGUCCCUGCAAUUGAAGCUCCACAAUCUAUUCCUGUCAUCGAUCUAGCAGCUCACCACUCAGAAAUAGUAACCCAGGUAGCCAAAGCAUCCCAAGACUGGGGCUUCUUCCAGGUAAUAAAUCAUGGGAUAGAUCUUUCAUUGUUGGAGAGGAUCAAACGGGUGUCAAAAGAAUUCUUUGAUCUUCCUCUAGAAGAAAAAAGAAAACAGUGUCCAGUAAGGCCUGGUACUCGUAUGCUUGAAGGCUAUGGCCGCUUCUUUGACAUCUCAGAUGACACAGUCUUGGAUUGGGUUGAUGCACUUGUUCACUAUGUCUACCCACCCUCUGUCAUGGCAGUUGAACACUGGCCAAAAACACCCCACACAUACAGGGAAACCUAUGAAAAAUAUGGAGAAGAGGUGCUCAAGCUUGCAGAUAAGUUGCUAGGUCUGCUUUCUGAGGGUUUAGGGUUGGGCUCUGAUUACGUUCAAACCCUUAUUAAGGAACCCUUGCUUCAGCUCAGAAUCAAUUAUUACCCUCCUUGCCCUCAGCCAGAUUUGGUGCAUGGAGUUAAACCCCAUUCAGAUGGGAGUGUGAUCACUGUCCUGCUAGAUGACCAGGUUGAGGGCCUCCAAGUUCGGAAAGGUGGGAAAUGGUUGAGCGUAUCCCCUGUUCCUGGAUCACUUGUUGUCAACAUUGGUGAUUUAUUACAGAUAAUAAGCAAUGGAAAAUACAUUAGUGCAGAGCACAAAGCAGUGGUAAAUACAAACCAGUACAGGAUGUCAGUUGUGCUGUUUCUACUUGCAGAAGAUGGUGUGUUGAUUGCACCAGCUCCUGAAUUGAUUGAUGAAUCUCAUCCUAGAUUGUAUCAAUCUACCAUAUCAGAGGAGUAUGUGACCAAUUAUAUGAGCAAGAUUAAUGAAGGAAAAGCAAACGUAGAAGCUCUAAUUAUAGAGCAGCAUUAAUAUACUGUACAUGGUAUGUUUCUAGGAUUGCGUUUGAUUAUUCCCUAUAACUGUAAAUAAUUGUUGCAGAAAGAAGUUGAAAUACCCCAAACUUCUGAAACAAGCCUUCAUGUACCAGAGAUCAAACUCCUUCACCCUAGAUAGUCACAACAAGCUUUUAUUGAUAGAAGCAAGUAGGCUAUAUGGUAUGCAUAUGACAUGGAAAAUGAUAAAUUGGCUACAUUUGUACAUUAUAGUCAGCUUUAAUAUAGCAUUUAUGCUUAUACUAACUGGA